UACGGAAGUGGGAUUCUCUUCUGUCAGAAGUAAAAAGUAUCAGGACGUCGCGUUGUUUGUUUCUCGGCCACAAGCCCAAGAUGGCCUCAAGCAGUACAAGCAGUGAGGAAGAGCAGAGCCUCAGAGAGUGUGAGCAGUAUGUGCAGAAGCACAACAUUCAGCAGCUGCUUAAAGACUGCAUCAUCCAGCUGUGCACGGCGCGGCCCGAGCAGCCCAUGGCCUUCCUCAGAGAGCACUUUGAAAAACUCGAGAAGGAGGAGGCCAAGCAGUUGGCUUCACAGCAGAAGUCUAGCUCAUGGUCAGACUCCCGUGAAGAUGAGGUUUCUCCACCCAUGAACCCUGUGGUGAGGGGUCGGAGCCGGAGAGGAGCUAUAAGUGCUGAGGUGUACACUGAGGAAGACGCAGCCUCCUAUGUCAGAAAGGUCAUCCCAAAAGAUUACAAGAGCAUGGCUUCCCUGUCCAAAGCCAUGGAGAAGAAUGUUCUCUUUGCUCACUUGGACGACACUGAGAGAAGUGACAUCUUCGACGCAAUGUUUUCUGUCAACUACAUUGGUGGAGAGACGGUGAUCAUACAAGGUGAUGAGGGAGACAACUUCUACGUUAUUGACCAGGGAGAGAUGGACAUAUAUGUGAACAGUGAGUUGGUGACCAGUAUUGGUGAAGGAGGUAGUUUUGGGGAGCUGGCUCUGAUCUACGGGACCCCCCGAGCAGCCACAGUCCAGGCUAAGUCGAAUGUCAAGCUAUGGGGCAUCGACAGAGACAGCUACAGGAGAAUACUGAUGGGGAGCACUUUGAGAAAGCGCAAGAUGUACGAGGAGUUCCUAAGCAAGGUGUCGAUCUUAGAGUCUCUGGAUAAGUGGGAGCGUCUGACGGUGGCUGAUUCCCUGGAGAAGGUGCAGUUUGUGGACGGCCAGAAAAUAGUGGUGCAAGGAGAACCUGGUGAUGAGUUCUUCAUCAUCCUGGAGGGGACGGCAGCGGUGCUUCAGAGACGGUCAGUGGACGAGGAGUUUGUGGAGGUUGGCAGACUUGGUCCCUCCGAUUACUUUGGUGAGAUCGCCUUGCUGAUGAACCGGCCCCGCGCGGCCACUGUUGUUGCGUGUGGACCCCUCAAGUGUGUGAAACUGGACCGGCCGAGGUUCGAGCGAGUCCUUGGUCCAUGCUCUGACAUCCUGAAGAGAAACAUCGAGCAGUACAACAGCUUUGUUUCCCUUUCGGUCUGAUCUCGUCUGAUGCAGGGUCCCUCAGCAAACAUCUGCUACUCUCUCAUAUGUAACCACACCCUCAUGAUCCCUUCUUAUUUAUUGUGGGUUUUUCCUUUGUAAUCAGAAGAUAGACUGCGCUGCUGAAGCUGUAAUCCCAAUACCAAAUAAGUGUGUGCAUACACUUACGUAGAACAUAGAACUGAAAUGAAAUAAUGGUGUAUGACUGACUGAGCUCAGAGAUCAGUCACCAUGCUGUCAGGUCAGUGUAUUUAUAGAACACAUUUUAAAACAGGCUGAAGUGAAAAACAUUCAGACAGUUACAAUGAGAUUAUUCACAUAAAAAUUCUGCAAAUAAUCAAUAAGAAAUAUGAACUCUUCUAUUGUCACAGUAGAACCUCCACAGUGUGAUGAGCAUAACAACAAAUGUUAUGCUUGGCUUUGCAGCAUUGAGUCAAACGUGUAGGUGUGAAUGCAGUCAGUCGGCUUGCUAUGCACAUCUUAAGACUUCAAUAAGAUACAGUGACUGAUAGUUUCAUGCUAAAUGUGGAUGUUUUUUAAGCUUUUUUGGGCUGCUUCUCUUUUCCGUUUGUCCAGAUACUUUGUCAAAUUAGCAGAAGGGUUUUGGGGUGGCAGUGUAGACAACCGCAUUGGUCCAGACUCUAAAAUGUCAGAUACAUUCUCUGUAACAUUCGUUAUCCGGGUGCCCCUCUGGAUGAACUUUAGUAACUGUGGGCAUCUUCUGACUGUCAUCUACCGCCAUCAUCAGGUCAAUAUUUUCGUAUUUUGGUGAACAUGCUAAACAUGAUACCUGCUGCACACCUGUCAUUUUGCCACUGUCAACAUAUUGGCAUGUUGUCUUUAGCCUCAUUAGCAUAGCUGCAGACACUUAAGGCCUGGGUUUGUAGUUUUUUAGUUUUUUUAUAUCUAUUUUUAUAUGUUGUUGAUUUACCUUAUAGACACACUUUUCGGAGUUGCCUUGACACGGACAUUCUCACUUUGCCUGCAUCUAGUCUAAGAGUAUGACAGAACUACCAGCAGUUCACCCACAGUAGGGUUUUUUUAAACCUUUUUUUAAAUGAGAAAAUGCACAAUUAUGUUCAGAUUCAGCUUAAACACUCGGCCAUUUAUCAUUCUGUCUCAUGGUUUUCAUUGCUCAUUGCUAAAUGGGAAUGUAGCUUUGAUUUCAUCAUUUUUGGUUCUUUUUCAGGUUCUUACAUUUCACUGAGCAAUUUUACAUCAUUAUUUAAUUAAUAAUAGGGUGAAUAAGAGUGAGAACAUUUCCAGUACAUCCUAUCUUUGUUUUCUUUCUGCUCCUCAGAUGUGAUCACUUCAUGUCAAAUGCUCCAUAUUUACUUUUCAGUUACUACUAACUGAUUCUGCAAAUAUCCCUUUAACUCCACUGACCGGAUCACAGUUGUUCUAUUUAGCCCUCUGCUACACAUAUAUAAAAGUAAAUAACUAUAUUUUUGCACAUUUUGUUAUACACAAAACUAUAUUAUGGGAAAGAAAAUGUUUAUAUGCUGGUAAGUUCAGUGUUUGUGGGCGUCUUAUCCCAUCCUUUAAGAGAAUGUAGGUCAGUUCUUACAGACAACAACACCACAACAAAACUUAAAACAAAAAUUGGUCUCUUUUGUCUGCCAUUUAGAUGAGAGCUGUGGGUGAUGCAUGUAUCUGUCAGCGUCAACCAUUUUUCUGCAUUAAUACAUGGAAGACAAUUCAUCACAGCUAUGUUCCAAAUAUAAUUGAGUUCAAAAUUAGACCUAAAGAGAUGUUGCUGGGGAGGUUUUGAUUGGUUCAGUUUAAAAAAACAACUUUGUAUCAGCAACUGAAAGUGGGUUCAAAAGACAUUAAAUGGCUUUGUGAUCAUACAUGUCAGUAAUGAUGAGCUCACGUUUUAGGCUGUUAAAUGUUACCGUAUAAAUUUGCAUUUAUUAGUUGAAACAAUGGACUUUUGAAUGAGGAUCCCAGUAAGUUAGUUGUGCAUUUACCUAAAGUUGGGAGACAUGUGAGAGACCGAUUUAAAGAAAAAAAAAAAAAAGUUAGCAUAAUAAAUAUAUUUAUAUAUUCAGAAAUGUUUUCAAAAGCCUAAAAAGGUACAGAUGCAGCCAUACAGGAAGUUUGGGCUGAACUUCAUUACAUGACCACAGAAUAAGUGAAGAAGAGGUUGGAUGUCUUGUUUGGGACAGACUGCACAGUGGACACAUUCCAGAUGACUUCGGCAAACUGAGCUCCACCAGUAAACUUGCCUUAUGCUCGCCACUGAUCCUUGUCACUCUGUUUUGUUCUGUUACAUCUUCUUAUCCAGUGUUUUCUUACAUUCCCUCAGAGGUCAUUACUGCAGCCAGUGCAGGUCAUGGUUAGUUUUUGCCUUGACAUUUAUUUAGUUUGAUGUGUUUUUGUGAUAAACGUGCAUCCAGAGUGUUGAACCGCUCCAAUCUGGUCUUGUUCACUAGCAUGGCACUCGUUGGCCAUGUGUACGGUAUGGUGUCAUCUUGACUUUGGUACUGUAUUAUUUAUUUUAAUCAUUACACUUAGAGUAUUUGUCACUGACUGCUGUCUUCACACAGAGGUAACACUGCGCUGUGCUUAGUGAAACACAUGCAGCUGUCUGCCAUCUCAGAGGACCAGUGUUUUUUUUUUACAGUUUGUAUGCCUUCCUUAGAGUGAUUGGAGUGACUGCUCUUCAAUGUUCCUGUGUUUCUCUGUAGGACUUCUUCACAACAGGUCAAGCAAUAAAAAGAUCAGUGUUUUCA